AUGUCCCUCUACCUUCUAGCGUAUUUCCCAUUCAAUCGAACUCACACACAAAUGACAACCGAAGCAGUCAAGAGGCAAAAACUCGAAGCGACAGAGAGCUUAAAAGUGUUCUUGCGAUCAGACAAGGGUAAAGUACCCACCAAGGGCUCGGCGUUGGCGGCAGGCUACGAUUUAUAUUCGUCUGAGGACGCCGUGAUACCAGCUCAAGGCCAGGGGUUGGUCAGCACGGAUAUUUCGAUUAUUGUCCCCGUUGGAACCUAUGGCCGCGUUGCGCCACGCUCGGGAUUGGCUGUCAAGCAUGGCAUUUCGACUGGCGCAGGGGUCAUUGAUGCUGAUUACAGAGGCGAGGUCAAGAUUGUGUUGUUUAAUCACUCGACGCGGGAUUUUGAGAUUAAAACUGGGGACAGAAUUGCACAGUUGGUGUUGGAGAGGAUUGUAAAUGCUGAGAUUGAAACCAUCAGCGAGGCAGAAUUGACGAGCACCGACCGUGGUGCUGGUGGCUUUGGCUCAACUGGUAAGAAUUGA